GACUUCCGCAGUUCGUUGUAAAAGCAGUUGUGAGAAUACAGCUGUGCUACUUUUUUUAUUUGCUUUUGUCAGACCUUGCCGUGUGUCUUUUUCCCCUCAGAGAACAUGUCUGAUCGAGGCCCUUUCGAUACCAAUGCGAUCACUCUGACCAGAUUUCUGUUAGAGGAAGGGAGGAAAGUGAAAGCCACAGGGGAGCUGACCACCCUCCUGAACGCCCUGUGUACAGCUGUGAAAGCCAUCUCCAGUGCAGUGAGGAAAGCAGGCAUCGCUCACCUGUAUGGCAUUGCUGGCAGUACAAACGUGACAGGGGACCAGGUGAAGAAGCUGGAUGUCCUAUCCAAUGACCUGGUCAUUAACAUGAUCAAAUCCUCUUUCACUUCCUGUGUGCUGGUCUCUGAGGAGAACGACAACGCCUUCAUAGUGGAGCCGGAAAACAGGGGUAAAUAUGUGGUCUGCUUCGAUCCUUUGGAUGGAUCCUCCAACAUUGACUGCCUGGUUUCCAUCGGGACCAUCUUCUCUGUUUAUAAAAAGUGCACAGAUGAUGAGCCAAGUGAGAAGGAUGCCUUACAGCCUGGCAGAAACAUAGUGGCUGCUGGGUAUGCUCUGUACGGCAGUGCCACCAUGAUAGUGCUCUCAACCGGCCAAGGUGUCAACUGCUUCAUGCUGGAUCCCGCAAUUGGGGAGUUCAUUCUAGUAGACCGGGAUGUGAAAAUAAAAAAAAAGGGGAACAUUUACAGUCUCAACGAGGGCUAUGCUAAGUAUUUUGACCCUGCGGUUACUGAGUACCUGCAGAAGAAGAAGUUCCCAGAGGAUGGCAGUGCACCCUAUAGUGCACGCUAUGUGGGCUCCAUGGUAGCAGAUGUGCAUCGGACCCUUGUUUAUGGAGGCAUUUUCCUCUACCCAGGAAAUGUGAAGAGUCCUAAAGGAAAGCUCCGACUCUUGUAUGAGAGCAACCCCAUGGCCUUCAUCAUGGAGCAGGCUGGUGGAAUGGCCACCACAGGGGAUAUGAACAUCCUGGACAUCCAGCCUGAGAGCAUCCAUCAGAGGUCCCCGGUGAUCCUGGGAUCCUCAGAUGAUGUUCAAGAAUACAUCUCCAUCUACCAGAAACAUCACAAAUGACCAACUCAUGAAACUAAAAGCCUACUAAGAGACCAAACAUCAAAUUCCAAUCAUUCUUAUCUGAAUUAUAAUUUAAUCUAUUAAUUAAAAAAAUAAUAAUAAACACAGAAGUUUAUCACAUCCUUACCAAUUAUCACACUCAUAUUCCAUAAAUUCUGCUUGUUGGGAACCAAAAAUCUACACUUGAACAUAACAGAUAUAUGAAUACUCCAAGAAGUAACAUUGUCCCAUUUGCAUUCACUGGAAAACGUUUACACGAAGACUCAUUUUGUACGAUACUCACAAAUUUGUGAAUGUUUUUUAGAAUAUGUUACUGAUCGAAAUCAGAACAAGAAGUCUGAACAGUUCCUUCGAUUGUGUUUUAUAUCUAUGCAAUAAGAAUGAAGUGCCUUUUCUGUACCUGUUUAUUAUUGUGAAGGAAAAUAAUAAAUUCAGCUGUGCCAAAAAA